AAGUCGCCCAAGAAACCUGCUGAAGCUGCUAAACCGAAAAGUGCAGAGGAACAGGAUAAAAAGCUUGCGAAGCAGGCAGAACAAAAAAUGCCAGAAGGUCAGGAAGGAGUAGAAGCCGAACAAAGGGUCGAAAAAGAAGACAAGGAUGCAAAUGUGAAAGCUCCAACACCAAUUCCGGGAUCAGACGAAAAUCCAGAUAGAAAGAAGUUCAAACCUCCUCCGAAUAUAGCCAAGGCAGAUGCUAAAGACCCGGCAUAUGAAACGCUGCAAGGAAUAGGUAACGAGCUGUUCAACGUUGCGAAAGCUGAGAGCAAAAGUAAAAGUAAGAAGGUCGUGCAAGCCGCUGCAGAAAAGGAUAAGUUCAAACAGCCACCAAAAGUAGAGUUUUGCACAGCAGCCAUCAUACCCACUGAUCAAUUAGAGCAUAGUUUUUUUUUGCAGAUCCAGAAAGCCGAUGCAAAAGAUCCACAAUACGAAACACUGGCCGAUGUUAAAGACGAUAUUUUCAAGAGACAGUAA